CAACCCACCAAAACUGCAUUCUGGCAUCCCUGGGACUACAGGCUCAUCUCACCAUGACAAGUUACCUCCCUCCACCGUGACUCUUUUAGCCAAGACUCUGCAAUGUCCACACCAUGUUGUGCGACGACAGCACUCGUGUUGUGGCUGUGUUUGUGCCCAGCGGCCACCUUGGUGCCCCUUCUGCAGCUGGUGACCGACUAUGCCGACUACCGCGGUCUUUCUGCCGUCAAUCUGUUUGUCAGCAGACAGUCAGGUCGGUUCAGUAAGAGCCAGCUGACCAGUCUGGUUGUCGCGCUGACAAGCGGCCGGGAGCGGUACGUGGCGCUCCACUUCUUACCUCUGACGGCGCACCAGCUCGAGGAAGUGAUGGCCAGCACGGGAGGCUCCGCCGGAGCCUCAGAGUUUGUCGUCCUCAGCGACGACGACCUCUCGCUCCAGUUUCUACAGAUGGUGCACAGAAACCACUAUAUGUCGGAGGACAACGCGUGGCUGGCCAUCAGCGACGGUGGCAGAGUGCGCAAGUGGAUGGCCAACUUCUAUCUGCCUGUUGAUUCACAGUUGGUGAUAGCCGAGCUGCGUGGCGGCAGCGGUCGGGGCGCGGCGGGGGGUGCCCCCCUCUCGGCGGAGCUGGUGGAGACCUAUCAGCUGCGGGAGCGGCUCCCUCUCCGAGCCGUCACCUUCGCCCGGUGGCGGUACAGCCCGGGAGCCGGCUCCGAGCGGAUGCUCCACUGGGUGAACGGCUCCAUCUACGAACGGAGACACGACUGGAGCGGCCUCGAGCUGCACAUCACCACCGUGGGGGACCCUCCGUUCAUCAAAUACCACAAAACUCCAGUACCGGACGUCGGGGGCUACAUCGGCGAGCUAUGGAAGGAGCUAGCCAAGAUACUGAAAUUCACGUACCGCGUCACCUACUCGGUGGACGGCGUCUGGGGCUCCCAGCUGGGCAACCACAGCUGGAGCGGCGUGGUGGGCAUGCUGCACCGGCGGGAGGUGGACGUGUCGGUCACUGACCUGUCCGUCACCGAGGCCAGGUCGGCCGUCAUCGACUACUCCACCGGACUCAUGUUCAUCAGAAUGCGAAUGUUCAUAAAGAGGCCGUCGGCGCUGGACGUCAGUUGGACCACCUACCUGGACGUGUUCGACCUGAACCUGUGGCUGGUGCUCGUCUGCACCGUCGUCAUCGGCAGCACUGCCAUGUUCGGCAUGUACAGGCUGGAGCGGCGCCUCGGGCUCAGGCAGGACGGCUCCGGCGUCUUCAGCUGGAGGGACAGCCUGCUGCACUUCUUCGGCGCGCUCUGCCAGCAAGGUGCCGAGGGUCUGCCCGAAGGCCUGGGCACCCGCUUCUUCUUCUGGUUCUUCUACGUGUCGAUGGUGACGGUGUUCGCGGCCUACUCGGCCAUGCUGGUCUCCUUCCUGGCCGUCCAGACGGUGGUGCUGCCGUUCGAGGACGUGGAAGGUCUUCUCGAGGACGGCACCUACCAGCUGGGCGUGCUCAGAGGCACGUCGCAGCUCGACUACUUCAGGCUCUCGCCAAACCCCGUGUUUCGAAAAGUGUACGAGAAGCAUAUCGUCGAAAUGUCGAGCAACGAAGAGGGAUACAAACACGUCCGCACGCAGAACUUCGCAUACCUCGACACUUACGAAACAGCGGUGCUACUGAAAGACUGUGACAUAAUCAACAUCAAGAAAGAUUACUUUAAACAUAUGGUAGCGUUUGGAUUUCAAGAAGGCUCACCAUAUAGGACGUUUAUUAAUUUUCAGCUGAGUCGACUGGACGAAAUGGGUCUCAUGUCUCAGCUGCUCUCCCGCCAUUGGCAGCACCACGACUCAUGCGAGGUCGACUCGCUGGAGGGUCUGGGCCUGCCGUCCGUGUUCUCCGCGUUCGUCCUGCUGGCCGGCGGCGUGGGGGCCGGCCUGCUCAUCAUGCUGGUCGAGUGCGUCUGGUCUCGUCUACGGCGACGCUGGAGGCGGCAGACGGCAGUGGGGCCGGCGGCGGCACUGAGGGCAAUUCGUUCGAAGAAGGCAGCGACAAUGGGAGUCUGGGCGGCGCCAGAACCACGGGAUGCAACCCAGAGAAAAUCGGCGACCAUGGGACUCUGGGCGACGCCAGAGCAGCGAGAUAUAACCGAGAGGAAGUCAGCUGCGAUGGGAGCCUGGUCGACGCCGGAUGAACGCGAAAUGACCGAGAGGAAGGCGGUCGGCAUCUUCUCCGACUUCACCCGGGAGGUGCCUCUAGACGCCUCGCCGUAUCUUAGCGACACGACGUUUUCGGAAAUAUGGCAGCCGAAACCGACACCAGCCUUUGAAAAACGCUCCGACACUUCGUCCGCCCAGCGCAGGGAGGCGAUAUGGCAGCGCUUGAUGCGGGAUUGAUAUUGUUACAGUGAAAACGAGCAAUUCCCAUUCAGAUGAAUUGCGCUAUCAUACCAUUUGUGCCUAUGACGAUAGUACACUGACCCGUUACCCUGAUUUGGCUAAAAUAAAGGAUUUUUUGCGUUUAAAGUAAAAAUGUUUUAGCCCGCGCACCGACGGGGGUCUGCGCCAACUUCGCACCGACGGGGGGGGGGCGGAUGACCGCCCCCCUGAGAUAUCGAGAACGAAGCAAGAUAGCGACAAGCGGUAAACGGCAUCGGAUACGCACGGACAAGGUCUACAAUUUUUACAAAGGUCAUUUUCAGGUCAGGUCAAAGAUGACGUCACAGGGGUCGAAAGUCAAAAUGGCGGCGCUAGAUACCUAUGGAGAGAGUUUUUCUCGAAUAACUUUCGAACUAGUCAAGAUAGGAACAAACUAAGGGCAUCAUCGUGAUCCACUCGUCAAUCCGCAUCGAAUGAUAUAUAUAUGUUGACCUCGAAAGGUCAAGGUCAAAGGUUGACCUCAGGUCACGUGACCUCGAGGUCAUCAUGUAUAUCAUUCGAUGCGUCCUGACGAGCUGAACACAAUGAGACCAUCCGCGCGGCUGUAUCUUGUUCCUGUACGGAGUUAUUGUCAAAAAAACCUUUGGUGACCUUUGAUGACGUCACAUGACCUUACAGCUGCCCAACAGCAAAACAGACCUCAAGGUAGUGAAGGUUGAUCGUAUAUAAAGUCAUGUAUGGUAUAUGGGGCCAUUCCGACCCGUUUUAGUGGUAAAAACAGGGAGUUGGUUCCCCCCCCCCCAUUGACUUAUAAUGGGGAGGUCGCGAAAUUGACCUGACCUUAGGUCAUCGACAUCAAAAUUCCGAGAUAUACAAAUGGUAGCUACAAAUGACCUAAUAACAUCCUGCGACUUUCAAAGCCCUCCGACAUCUACUGUAGCUCUGGCACGGUGACAAAGUUGCAAAAAAGUGACUUGAGGUUGGGUCAUUCAAAGUGACCUGGUGACCUGACCGUAGAAGUUAGGAGGCUCAAACUUGCACAUCAUGUGUAAAAUUGAUGAGAGAAUAGUCGUACCAAAUUUCGCGGCGUUACGCGCCGCGGUUUUCCCGCUAUCCGCGAAAAACCUCAGGGGGCGGAUAUCCGCCCCCCGUCGGUGCGCGUGUUAAUGUCUGCUAUCCUAUGAUUUGUUUGAUUAUCUUCUUACUUACCAUUGCAUUUCCAGUACCUCCCUGAGUUCCUAUGACUCAUCGAAGCCAUGACUGUAGAAGUCAUUUUGUCGGCAUUAGCCGUUUUCACGACGGCCAUCUGGUACACAUUUGGUGCAGAUUAGGUGCAGAUUUGGUCAAAUUAGGUUCAGUGUAUCACUUAGAAGCUAUCAACUAGGGUUGCACUAAUUGCUGCUUAUAUGCCUCCUUUGUCAUAUUAUCAGAGAGUAAUCAUCGAUUAAAAACCUGAAAUAAAUUCAUUAAAUGAGGAUAUUUGCUGUAAAAGAGAUUAGGUGCAGAUUUGGUCAAAUGAGGUGCAUUCGCCAGAUAGCCCGUCGUGAAAACGGCUAAGUUCAGUUCGGUUAUUCAUGUUUGAAAACCCAUCAUAUGUGCAUUGUACAUUGUACAUUCGCAGUAGCCAGUAACUACCACUCGGUUGAUAGUUUAGAAGGAUUUGCAAUAUAAUAAUAUGAAGCCAGAAGCUGUACGUAUAGUAUAUAUUCAUAUACAAGUAGUGGUACCCUUAAUAUCAUACUAUGUAUGCAGUAAAUGGGCCUUGUUCGAAUAGUUUGAUUUUGAUAUACAAGUUUGCUUAUUUCUCAAAGGCUAAAAGGUACAACAUAUAGUCACAAACCCGUAUAUUUUACUACAUCGUGUGUUAUGGAUUGGAAUUUGGACAUUUCAUUUUCACUGUAUUUUUUCCAAUGAAACCCGCGCCCCGUAGGGCUACCGGCGGACCCUACCACCCGUAGGGGGGGGGGGGGGGCCGUUUCGGCCCCCCCUAAGAUCUCGGAAAGUUACCGGCCGAUUUUCAAAAUUCAAACGGCGUUCGAUAGCCCCACCCGGGAACUACCUUGUGACCAAAUUUCAUUGACCUAGGUCAAACCGAUGACGUCACAGGUCAGGUCAAAGGUCAGAUUUUCACCGUUCACAGGCAUUUCAAGAAAUGUGUUGUGAAAUCGAGUUAAUUGGUAAUUUAUUGAAAACCAUCGAUGGUACAUUGUUCGUCAAACACAUACUUUGCUAUCUGAGGUCACUGAUACCAGGUCAGGUCACAGCGAGGUCAGGUCACCGGGGUCACAAUAUGAAAGUGUCGUGUGAUACAUGUUUUAUGGUCCAUUUUACAUGACAAAUGCGAUUAUGUGGGUUAGGCAGCCUUUGGGGCCAGCCUAGGUCACGUUUUGGUGAAGGUCAGGUCAAGGUCAGGUCAAAUAAGGUCAAAUUUCAAAGUUGAUAUUUUUGCAUAAAAUGGGUAUCGAUUCGAUGCAGCUCGUCACGGGGAGUCUAAUGGUGGUCUUUGUUUUGCUCUACGAGGUCUAGAACUGCCAAAAAUUGAGUUUGAAAAUUUGACGUCAUCAAUUUUGAACAGUUUUUUGCUAUAACUUGGCCAAAAAACGAGGUAUCGAUCUGAAAUUCGGUAUGUAGAUAGAAGACGGUAGGUACUAUCACAUAUAUUCCGGUUUUUUUGAAACUCAAAAAACUUUUUGGAUUUUUUGGCUAAUAUAUCCAAAAAAUGUUUUUUUGAUUUUUGGGGUUCAAAACUCAAAAAUUUCAAAAAUCCGAGAUAGCAGUUUUGUAGCCCUGUCAAUUCUACACCUUUUAUGUCUUGAUCAUUUUUCUGUAUCUUCAAAGCUGUAGGCCUGACAGGUCUUCUCGCGAAGGUCUUUUUUCGGUCGAAAAUGACAGAACAUGACGUCAUUCUGACGUCAUUUGUGGCCAACCUAUCAUAGCCUCUGGAAAAAUUUUUGGUCACAAUGUGUAAAAUUGAUGCCCGGAGGGGUCCUGAAAGUUUGGUGGCGAUAUCUGAAGCGGUUUAGGAGAUAUCGACCGAAAAGGACAGGGGGGCCGUUUCGGCCCCCCCCUACGGGGCGCGGGUUAAUCAGAUUCAAUGCAGCGAGUUAUUUUAAACAGGUCGGGUAACCGGAAGCCAAUGGUUUCCGAAUAGUUACCGAAAGCUUACCUAUUUUAGGUCGCCUUUACGAUAACAUUAUCAAUGACCUUUGGUACUGGCAUGGACAUUGUGAUGACGUGUAUUCGUGUUUUCAUAUCUAUACCUAUACCUAUACCAAUGCUGUCAUGGAAUAUAUCUACAUAAUCUCAGC